AUGCACAUUUCUAUUGUUCAGAAUAAUGCAUCUUUGAGCAAUGUUGAAAAAUUUCAUUAUUUGAAAUCCAGUUUAACCGGAGAAGCUGCAACUUAUUUGAAUAAUUAUGCUACAACGGAUCAAAAUUAUUUGGAAGCCUGGAAACAAUUGGUGAAACGUUAUGACAAUAAGAAAUAUAAUGUUAAUACUGUUAUGAAAAGGCUUUUUUCACAAAAGAAGAUAACACAUGAGAUUUCAACAGGAUUGAAGAGUUUAAUUGAUACUACAUCAUCUUGUUUAACGUCACUUUACAAUAUGAAAAUUAAAACAGAUAAUUGGGAUACAUUUAUUGUAUAUUUUGUUGUUACUCGGUUGGAUGCGGAAACUCACAGAUUAUGGGAGAAUCAUGACAGCCAAUUGAAUCCAGAGGAAUUGGCUACCUGGACACAACUUUUAUCCUUCUUGGAGACAAGGUUUAGAACUUUGGAAAAGUUUGAAGCUGUAAAGCAUACACCAAAGUCUCAGCAGGCUACUCCCGUCGUUAAACAUAAAUCUUUUCACAGUUCCAUUCAACGUAAAGAAUCUGUUGACAACAUUUGUGCAUUGUGCGAAGGGCCACAUUUUAUAUACAGCUGUAAAAGCUUUCUCCAGCAGCCAGUAAAUGCCCGUCAGAGCACAGUAGAAAAUAAAAGAUUGUGUUUCAAUUGCCACUCAUCUACCCACACUGUUAAGAAAUGCCGCCAUUCAACCUGCUGUAAGAAAUGUGGAAGGCGACAUCAUUCGCUGCUUCAUCGCGAAAGGGAUAAUGCGCAAGAGAAUCUUACGCAUAAUCAGCACUCACAGAACCAAGACAGAUCAUCCCCAUCAAACUCAUCAACUGAGACGAAGAUUUCAGCCCAUUUUUCGAAAGUGAACCCCGUUCCAUUGUCAACUGAAAUUCAUGUCUCAGCCCAUACAACUAGAGAAAGUAGUCAUGAUGUGGUUCUCGCCACAGCCAUAAUCAAAGCGUAUUCUAGAAAUGGUGUUAAACAUAUAGUGAGAGCGUUGCUUGAUCAAGGCUCACAAGCAUCGUUCAUUUCUGAAAAGACUGUACAAUUACUUGGACUUCCACGCAUUCCCAUAAAUGGUUUGGUGUCAGGUCUUGGUGAGGGUUUAGCUACGAGUAAAUACAUGGUUUCAUUAUUCAUUGAAUCGUAUCACAACCCUUCUACCACAAUCCAAGUAAAUGCUCACGUUUUAAGUUCGUUGACUACUCAUAUUCCAUCUCAUAGAUUGCAUACGCCCAGUUGGCCAGAUGUACAUAAUCUAACAUUGGCUGACCCAAGUUAUAAUAUUCCAGGUAAAAUAGACGUUCUUUUAGGAGCGGAUAUUUACAGUGAAAUCUUGCUUAAUGGUGUGCUUAAAAAUUCACAGGGUCUAGUAGCGCAAGAAACUACGUUAGGAUGGAUUUUAUCAGGUAAGCUUCCACAAAGAUCAGAAAGAUUAACAAAUAGAAGUAUCACUAUGCAUAUUCAAGAAAGAAGCGACGAGCUUUUAAAGAAGUUUUUUGAAAUGGAAGCAGAACCAGACAGUAUAGAAAGAAAAUUAUCGCCAAGUGAAAUAAAAUGUGAAGAGUUAUAUGAAGCAACAACUACGAGAAAUUCAGACGGAAGAUUUAUAGUUAAGUUACCAUUCACUAGUGACGAUCCUCAAUGCAUGUAUGGAAAUUCAAAAGACAUAGCAGUAAGAAAAUUGAAAGCGUUAGAAAGAAGACUUAAACAAAAUUUAGAAUUAUACGAAGAUUACCGAAAAGUUUUAUGUGAAUAUUUGGAACUAAAUCAUAUGAUAGAAAUUGAAGAGACAGAUAUCGAUAACCCAAAGGCAGUUUAUUUACCUCAUCACGCUGUAGUAAGGAAGGAAAAGGACACUACUAAGGUGAGAGUCGUAUUUAAUGCAUCAUCGAAAGGUGUCAAUGAUGUAUCUUUAAACGACGAUCUGCACAUAGGUCCUAAACUACAGCAAGAUUUGAGACAUCUGCUCAUGAGGUGGAGAACUCAUCGGGCAUGUAUCAUAGGGGAUUUGGUUAAGAUGUAUCGACAGAUAUUGGUUAAAGACGAAGAUACCAACUUUCAAAGGAUCGUGUGGAGAAAUGACUCGAAUCAACCAAUUAAGCAUUAUAAAUUAUUGACCUUAACUUUUGGGACUGCUUGUGCUCCUUAUUUAGCAGUUAAGACAUUACAGACAUUAGCAAAACAAGAGCAGCUCAGGUUCCCUACUGCAUCGGAAAUUACUCAGCGUGAUUUUUAUAUCGACGACUUAAUGACCGGGUGCGAAAAUUUAGAUGAAGCUUUACACAUAUACCAUGAAAUGAAUAGUCUAAUGGAGUCUGGUGGUUUUCAAAUGCAAAAGUGGAGUAGUAAUGACACCAACUUUCUAAGUAAAAUUGGUAAAGAUAAAAUGAGUGAUGAUUUCGUACGCAUCAAAUCAGAUAAUCAAUUUAAAGUUCUCGGAUUAUCUUGGAACAGAGAGACUGAUAAUUUCGAAUAUACAAUUAAUUUACCAGAUGGUCAACAUCCUGUAACGAAGCGCCGAAUAUUAUCUGAUAUAGCUCGAUUAUAUGAUCCGAUAGGUUGGAUAGCACCGGUAGUAGUUAAAGUAAAGAUAUUUAUACAGAAGGUAUGGAAAGCAGGAUUAGAUUGGGAUGCAAAUUUAACAGAAGACCUAUUGAUAGAAUGGAAUAAUUUCAGGAAAGAGUUGAAUGAUCUGAAGAAUAUCGUGAUUCCGCGCUGGCUUCAUACAAGCAAAGAUUGCGAUAUAGAGCUACACGCAUUUUCGGAUGCUUCUAAAGCUGCAUAUGCAGCAGCAAUUUAUCUACGAGUUGUUAAUAAACUUGACAAAUCUGUGCAUGUUACCUUAAUCACAGCGAAGACUAAAGUUGCACCCAUCGACAAAGAAAUAUCGAUUCCACGAUUAGAGCUCUGCGGUGCGACACUUGCAGCUAAACUCGUGUCUGAGGUCGCUCAAGUCAUGGGUAUAGUUAAAGAAAAUACUUACGCUUGGACGGAUUCAACUGUAGUCCUUGCAUGGUUAAAAGGUCCUUCAUCACGUUGGGCUACAUUUGUGAACAAUAGAGUAUCAACAAUACUUACCAUUUUAGAUUAUAAUCAAUGGGGACAUGUACCUUCGGAAUCGAAUCCAGCGGACUGCGCCUCUCGUGGUCUUAAAUCUACAGAAUUAAAGGAUUACUCACUUUGGUGGAAGGGUCCUGACUGGUUGUGUAAUUCUACAAUUGAUAUCGAUCAACCGAUUAUACCAGAUACAGAAGAAGAAAGAAAUACUAAAUCAUUUUGUGUUCAACAUCAGAAGGAAGAAGAUUUUGAGUGGAUUAGAUUUUCAUCGUUGUUUAAAAUGUUGAGAGUCAUGGCAUGGUGUCGUAGAAUUUUUAAUAGAGAAAAAUCUAAAUUACCGAAGUAUUUAACAUCUAAUGAAUUGAACGAGGCUUUAUUUAUGUGUAUCAAACAAGUUCAACACCAUGAAUUUGCUGAAGAUAUAAAACAUCUGUCAUCCAAAGGCUACGUUAUAAAGAAAAGCGUUCUUCACAAACUCACACCUUUUUUGGACGAAAAAGGCAUUGUGAGAGUUGGUGGAAGAAUCAAACAACAUCCUAUUAUUAUUCCCGCAAGAAGUCAUUUGGCUACACUAAUAAUUUCAGAUACUCAUAGUCGUACUCUCCAUGGAGGCCCUCAACUCAUGCUAAAUAUUAUUAGAGCAAAAUAUUGGAUUCUACGAGCACGAGAUCGUGUCAAAAAGUUCUAUAGAAGCUGUAUCACAUGUUUACGUCAUUCUAAAGCUCAGAAAACGCAAAUAAUGGGUGAACUCCCAGAUGUUCGAUUAAAUCCGAGCAAACCGUUUAGAUCUACCGGAGUGGAUUACGCUGGCCCUAUAUUAAUGCGUUUCUCUCCAGGUCGUGGUUCCAAAGCCUACAAAGGGUACAUUUGUAUUUUCGUGUGCAUGGUGACCCGAGCUAUUCAUUUGGAAGCAGUUUCUGAUUUGAGUGCAAAAGGAUUUAUAGCUGCAUUCCGAAGAUUUACAUCAAGGCGAGGUCACUGCCAGGAUUUAUAUAGCGACAAUGCUACCAAUUUUGUAGGAGCGGACAAACUCUUGCAAAUUAUGUUACGGGAGGCACGUAAGGAAAAUCCCAAUGAAUUAGUGGAUUUGUUGUCUUACGAAUCUACGACGUGGCAUUACAUACCUCCAUAUUCGCCAAAUUUUGGUGGAUUGUGGGAGGCAGGGGUGCGAUGCGUUAAAACACAUUUGCGUAAGGUCAUAGGUGAUAGUACGUUAACCUACGAAGAACUUACUACUGUACUUCACCAAAUCGAAGCUUGCUUAAACUCGCGUCCUAUUACUUUACUUAAUAAUAAUCCGGACGAUCCCCUACCCCUGACACCAGGUCAUUUUCUAGUCGGAGAACCGCUCAUUAAUAUUCCAGAUGAAAAUCAUCUUGUCCAAAACAUAUCUGAUCUAGAAAGGUGGAAAACAGUACAGAAAAUGGUUAAUGAAUUUUGGACAAGAUGGUCCAAAGAAUAUUUAGUAACGAUGGCCCAUCGUCAAAAAUGGACCACUAAAACUCCUGAACCAAACAUAGGCGAUAUUGUUGUUUUAAGAGAUGAACAGCUGCCGCCUUGUAAAUGGGCAUUAGGUAAAAUUGUCGACAAACACCCGGGCCCAGAUAAAAUCACUCGUGUAGUAACUGUGAAAUGUAAGAACGGUCUAUUUAAACGCGCUUUAAGUAAAGUUUGUGUAUUGCCUAAAUGAUUUUUUUUGUAUCCAAGUUCUUUCACGGUGGGCGGCAGAUCUGAGUAGGUCUAAUAAGUUUUUUUGUUAUACAUUAAGUAAUGUGGAGAAGUUAGUUUCGUUUUUUUUUUUUAUUAUUUUUACUUUUGUUUUGUAUAGAGUAAUAGAUAUCUAUUCACAGAGAAUGUAUUGUUCAACGCAUACUUGUUAACAGAGUUACGAAUUUAUAAAUGUAAUUUUUUUUUGCCUGUAGCAGCAAUACAAAAAUAUUUUCAUUGCUUAUUUUGUUUUGAGCAUGUAGUUAGCUUGCUAUGUAGUAGUGUUAAAGGUCGUAACUUCUUUUUUUGUAUACUUUGUUCACCUAUAAGUAUUAUUGUAUUUAUGUUGAUUAAGAGGACAAGUCCUCGGUGGGCGGAAUGUUUACUUAAUCAUAGGUUAAAGUUACAAUGUUCGACCAACAGAUGACGCUAGGUGUAUUCACUCGCGUAUUAACUCUCGCUAUAGAAAUGUUUUUAAUUUUUGAUAAGUAUUUUUACUGGUGUAUGAAAUAUAGUUUGGUUUUUUACAAGUUU